AUGGGGCCCCCGGGCAAUAGGGGAUCAUGGGGCCCCUGUGUCCUUGCCCAAACUCAAAAAAGCCUAUGAAAAAGGUACCAGGGGCAUCUCAUGGGGCCCCCUACUGACCCCAGGCCCUCAGGCAUUGCUCGAGUUUCCAAAUGGUCAGUCCGCCCCUGGUACAUACUAUCUGAUACAUCCAUAAGUUUUGCAUUGUAUCAGAUUAUCAUUAUUUUGUAAAUGGUACUGGUUGGAAUUGCUAAUUUUCAAAUCCUCUUCCUGUGUCUGCUGCUUUAU